AUGGGCCAGACAGUAACUGCUCGAUUCUGCUCACGACUGAAGCAGGUGCUGCCGUCGUCCAGCAUCACUACCGCCACUUCGACAGCGGCCGGCAGCACUCUACUACUAGUCCGCCCUCCUCCUCCGGUCUUCCUCCAGUCCAUCUUUAGCAGUCCAGUCGAUCACAUCCCAAGCUGCGCUAUCGGUUCUUUGGUGCUUGUUCCCCUUGCUCUUCAGAAAUGGGGUUCUACCUCUUCAUCCUUCCUCGCCUCUAGCAUUGCUACGAUCCCGGCCUCCGGCAAUAUGCAAGAUCCUUUCCCUGACGGGGCUGUGUUCUUUUUGGAGUGGCCGACAUGGGCCCGUUUGGCGCUUGUUUUGGGUGGCACGUUUGCCAUCGUUCUCAUCCUGGCUUUUCUUGUGAGAUUGAGGCAUUACGUCCGGGACAAAAGAAGAGCGAAAAGAGCAGCCGCAGAACAAGCCGAACGGGGCGAAAUGACAAUGGUCGCUGCCUUGGAGGAUGAUGCACUCUUUGGCAUGCGCGCACUUCUGGAAGACCCAGAAGUCGAGGGCGUGUGGAAUUCUCGCGAAGCCACUCCAAUGCAUCUCGAUGGCGGUGUCUGUACUCCUCCUGCCUCGCAAUCGACAACGAAAGCCCCGAAACACUCUUCGAAUUCCUCCACCACGAUAUAUGACACUGCAGACAUUGGUUUGGCCUCUCCGACAGGUAUUGCCCGGCUGGAACUCAUGCGUCAACUUGCUAACUCGGUGUAG